CGCGCUCCCCCUCCCCGGCGUCCCCAAGAUGGCGGCGCUGAGCAAAUCCAUCCCCCACGGGUGCUACGAGAUCGGGCACACCUGGCAGCCCCGCUGCUCCCUCGCCGUCCUGCACGUCACGCAGGGGGCGCUGGCCGAGUCCCUCCGCAUCUACGGCACCCUCUACCUGAUUGCAGCUAUUCUCAGGAAAAGAAAACUUGACUAUUAUUUGCACAAGCUGCUACCUGAGAUCUUGCAAUCAACCUCCUUUCUGACAGCAAAUGGGACCUUGUAUAUUGCUUGCUUUUGCAUUCUAAGGAAACUACUUGGAAAAUUCUACUUUUGGUCUCCUGGUUUUGGUGCUGCUUUACCGGCUUCUUACAUGGCUAUUCUCAUUGAAAGGAAAAGCAGGAGAGGUCUCCUCACAAUUUACAUGGCCAAUCAAGCCACAGAAACGUUGUUCCGAAUGGCAGUAGCAAGAGGAGCUAUUACACCUUUAAGACAUGGAGAAGUACUGUUGUUCUGCAUCACAGCUGCUCUGUUCAUGUUCUUUUUCAGGUGCAAAGAUGGCUUGAAAGGAUUUACAUACUCUGCACUGAAGUUCAUUGUAGGGAAAGAAGAAAUCCCAACUCAUUCAUUUUCACCUGAAGCAGCAUUUUCAAAAACAGAUAGAAAGAUAAAGCAUUGUGAAAAAAUAUCACAACGAAUGAACUUAUUGGCUCUAACAAAAAAGCUCAUGGACAAAGUGUGCAAACAUGGCCCAAGGCAUAGAUGCUGUAAACACUAUGAAGAUAAUUGCAUUUCAUAUUGUAUUAAAGGCUUCAUUAGGAUGUUUAGCAUUGGUUACCUGAUCCAGUGUUGCCUUCGGAUCCCGUCCACCUUCCGGCAUCUGUUUACAGAGCCAUCCCGGCUACUUUCACUCUUCUACAACAAGGAAAAUUUCCAGCUUGGAGCUUUCCUGGGAUCUUUUGUCAGUAUAUACAAAGGUACUAGCUGCUUCCUGCGCUGGGUACGAAACCUAGAUGAUGAGCUUCAUGCACUUGUAGCUGGCUGUCUAGCAGGACUUUCUAUGAUGUUCUACAAAAGUACUACUAUCUCUAUGUAUCUGGCGUCCAAAUUAGUAGAGACGAUAUACUUCAAAGGCAUUGAAGCAGGAAAGGUUCCCUAUUUUCCUCAUGCAGACAGCAUCAUCUAUGCCAUUUCUACAUCAAUAUGCUUUCAGGCAGCUGUAAUGGAAGUUCAGAACCUGAGACCUUCAUACUGGAAAUUUCUUUUACGACUAACGAAGGGCAGGUUUGCUCUGAUGAACAGGAAAGUUUUAGAUGUAUUUGGUACUGAAGCAUCUAAGAACUUCAAGGAUUUCACGCCUAAGCUUGACCCAAGAUACACUGUUGUACCACCAGAGCUACCUCUGGAGCUGUCUUGAAGAUGAUAGUAUACCUUGUCAUUGAAUGUGAUCAGCGUUUUGUCCUGAAAAGUUAAUUAACUUAACAGUCAUAUAUAUGGAGGAGGGCGUGGGCUCCACUUCAGUAUUAUUUCAAUGAGAAAUGCUUUUUACCAAUCAACAAUACUGGAGCGUUGUAGGAAAGUGUGGCUUAGUGAUUAAGCCCCUUCCACAUACGGCACAUAUUUCUGGGUUACUGUAGUUGGUUGACAGUACGGUAGAAUCCUGAAUGAAUUAAACAAAUGAGUAAUAUAUUUAGAGAAGUAAAAUAUACAUAAAACAUAAAUAUGCAUAAUAAUUUCAAAAAUUCUAUAGUCCAGACCAGUAGAAUAUUUCUUGGCAAAACUAAAAGCAAUUUUGAGUUUAGAAAGGAAGACAUAAGGCAUAGGUUAGGUCCAGAACUGUUCCUGAUCUUAAAACUAUUGUAAUCUGGUAAAAAUGUCUCCUUGUCUUUCUAAAUUGCGUUGCUGAUUUAUCUGAAAAGAGCCACUGCCCGCUCAUUAUUUAAAAAGACAAUAUUUUUACAGAGCUAUGGUUGCAAAGUAAGGCAUUCCUUAGGAAAAAAAAAAAAAAAAAAAAAAAAAAAAAGCAUAUUAGUGCAGAAAUCACAUUCCAGGGCUGUAAAUCCCAGUGACGAUAUGGAUAACAGACAAGGAAAAUAAAAAGGCAAUACCAGUGACUUGUGCGCCAUAAGGAGCAGCAGGGUGUGGUGGUUUGUAUCUGCCAAGUGGAAAAUGACAAAACAGGCAGGGGAAGGAAUGAAAUGUUUCAGCCUCCGAGAUGGUGCUGGAAACAGCAGACAGUUACAAAAAUAAAAAAGCCAAGAACAAAACAAAACAAAAAAAAUCCUCCAAAAUAUCCUGAAAUUAAAUGUUUAUUUUUAAAGGGCUUGACAUUGUCCAUUUAGGUGGCAUUGGCUUGUUUGUCAAGCUGCAUACCGGCUAGCAUUUCCAGUGGCCUUUAUAAGGGAACUGACCCCUGAGGUUAGAUUGUUUUGACGAUCAUAUUAAUAGUACUUUUACCU